UAUAAUACAAAACAUAGCUCAGAAUCUUCAGUGUGAAAUAUACAAAGCACAGUUGUAAGUUGAUUCAGGCAUUAUUUGAAUUGGCAGCGAGCAACAAGAACAAUCAUACACAGCCAGAGCAGUCUGCCAAGCUCCAGACUCUGAUGGAGGAGAAUGUAACCCUCGGCCAAGACAACAAGGCCCUGAACAGUGAAGUCGGUGACAUCAACAAAGAAAACCAUAACCUCAGAAAGGUCAUCAGUGGUCUUCGGAAAGACAUUGAGUGCUAUAAGAAUAAGAAAAAAAGCGUUAUCCAAACAGAAAAUGACGUGUUACAAGCUGAAAAUAAGGCCCUGCAAAAACAAGUUGGCAUUCUGUGCCAUGAAAAUGAUGAUCUGAAACAAGAAAGCCUGUAUUUGGACAAUCAAAACAGUGCUAUGGAAAAGACCAUGGACGAGAUGACACGACAAAACGGGGAUCUACAAAAAGACAUUCAGGAAAUCAACAAAGUCCUGCAUGAAGUAUUUGAGUAUGAUAAAGUCCAGUUACAGGAACUUCAAGAGGUGGAUGAAAAGUUAGAUACUUCACAAGAAGAUCUUCAAGAAAAGGUUAACGUGCUCAAAGAUAUUGUGCAAAAGCUAAAAGGGUUUCAGAACAAAGGCAAUGCGAUGGCGCAAGAAAUUGAGUCAACGAAAAAAAGCAACGAGGAUCUGGAAAGAAAAUUUAAAGUCUUGGCUUGCAAUUAUAAUGCAGUGAACCAAAAAUGUGGGGACUUGCAACAGAAGGCCACAAAUGUUGUGCAAAAAAUUCAGUUGUGUCUACACAGCUACUACUCAUUGGAGCAAGAGAAUAAAUCCAUGAUCAACCAACAUGAGAACUGGAUGCAAGAGCUCAAGAAGGUCAAAGAAGAAUUUUGUCAGAGAGAAGAAGUCACCGCCCAAAAGAAUGAGGCUCUUCAAGAACAAGUCCUGGUGCUCAAAACUAUUGUGCAAGAACUCAAAGGGUUUGGACAAGAAAAUGAGUCAAUGAAAAACUGCAAUGCGGUCUUGGAAAGCAAACUUAGAACCGUUGAAUGUAACUAUAAUGAAACUACACAAAAGUGUGGGGACUUGCAAGAGGAGGCCAAAACUGUUGGUCAAGAUCUUGAGUUGUGUGGGCACAACUAUUUCACAAUAAAGCAAGAGAAUGAAUCCAUGAGCAAACAAAAUGAGACCAUGAAACAAGAGCUCAGGAAGGUCAAAGAAGAAUUAUGUCAGAGAGAAAAAGUCAUUGCACAAAAGAAUGACGCUCUUCAAGAACAAGCUCAGGUGCUCAUGAAUGUUGUCCAAGAACUAAAGAGUUUGAACACAAACAUUAUGUCAUGGCGCAAGAAAAUGAGGCAAUGAAAAACCCAAAAAACUCCCAAAACAACCAUGCCUGGCAAACCUAGCCUCCCUUCCACGUGCAUAUGUGGAAUGUCUGAGGCAGGGAGAACACACCUACCUACCCUCCCAUGAGCCUUCAUGGAAAGUGAGGCAGGGAGUGCAGCAGCUAAAGAACCCCAAAUUACCAUGUCAGACAAAACUGCCUGGGAAGGCCAGCAUGAGGAGUUAACUACAUAAGAAAAGCCAAGUAGCCAAAAUGACAUGGAAUAAAGCCAUUAAACCUACACCAACAUCUAUCUGAGGUAGCAGCUGAAAAUUAAUACAGAAAGCUGGGAUAUUGCAUGGAUAUUGGGCUGGAUUGCAUAAUAUUCCACACAUGAAUAUGUCUAAGUGUCCGCCAUAUGUUGCAACAUGUGAUGUUUAUGUUUCGAUUCAAGACUAGUUAAAUGCAGCGAUAAUUAAAUGACACAAGUGUGGGGACUUGCAACAUGAGGCCAUUUAGUUUUGUGGGCACAACUAUUGCACAAUAAAGCAAGAGAAUGAAUCCAUGAGCAAACAACAUGAUGCCUUGAAACAAGAGCUCAAGAAGGUCAAAGAAGAAUAUUGUCAGAGAGGAGUCGUUGCACAAAAGUCUCUUCACCAACAAGCAAGAACUAAACAAUGACAAAGGAAGCUGAGACUUUGACCCAGCAAAACAAGGCAUUAAUGAAGGAAAAGGAGGACCAGUCCCUUAGAUAAAGGUCUAGAAUGGCUAGCCGUUAUAUAAAGGGCUGUGGGCGACAAGUAAACCUAACCUAACUUAACUUGAGAAGACUAUGGCCAGAUUUUCAAGGUGCCAGCAGAGUCAGAGAACUGACUGCCUCGGAUGUCACCCUCAAUGCAUUUCCGCCUUUUCCAGAAAGACAAGCCACAACAUUAAAAUGCAGGAGAUGGCCUGGGUCAGUCGUCACUAGCAUGCAGGAGGCAGAUCAUGACGAUAAUUCAGCUGUUUUUUAAUUUCAUUAUCGGUUACAAUUAAUAACAACACUACAUCUAUAAGUGUCACUAUUAUUGUUAGCAUUAUUAGAACGAGUCUGACAGUGCUUAAAAACACUCUUCUCUCUCUCUCUCUCAAUCAUCUCCCCGUCUUUCCACCAGCCUCUCAUGUCUCCCCCAUUUCACUCCUCAGCCCAACCGGUCGAGGCAGAUGGCCGCCCACACCGAGUCGGGUUCUGCCUGGGGUUUCUCUCUCCUAAAAGGAAGUUUUUUUCUCUCUCUCCACAGUGGCCAAAUGCUGAUUGGCUGUGGAUUAAAAAGUGCUGUGAAAUGUACAGACAUGUUCAAUUCAAAUGCUAUCCAGAUUUUUGUUUUGGUGGAGGUAUGAAUAAUAAAUUACAUUUCUGGA